AUGGCAAGCUCAAGAACUAGCUCAACUACGAGCUCGACGAAGCUUGGAGCUAUUGGCGCAAAUAACGGGGAAGGGAAAGACGGAAAAGAUGGAAAUCGAACUUGCGUACGGUCUGAGUGGGAUGAUAAUUACCCGGCGCUCAUGACCAGAGAGUUCAAGAAUCCCGGCAAACUCAGCUACAGGAACGCCGUUAUGGUCAUGCUUGUCCAUACCCCGCUGCUGGUGUAUUGGAUGGCCGAAGUAACAUACCAGCUUAGUAAAGCGGGCGGUUUGAGAAAACCGAGCUUGCUCAGCACUUUCCAAGAUUUGGUUGAUUUCUACUGGCACGGAAAUAAGAACGUGGGAACUGACGAAAAUUGCAUGAAGGCUCUCUGGGAUGUUUUGCUUAAAACAACCUGCAGCAGGUACGCGAAGUCGACUGAUGAGGAGGAUUGCCGUAUUUUUACGAGGAGAUUCUUCGAGCAGCUCGAGUCUGAGAUUGGUGUGGCAGAUCCCAAGAGACUCGCGGAACUGGAAGAUUAUUUCAAGGUCGAGCUCGUCAAUCGCCACACCUGUCCGAAGUGCAAGAAUGCGGAAUUAAAAGGAGUCAAGCAUUUCCUCUUGACCUCCCAGUACGAAGAUACAACUACUGACCUACCUCUGUACCAAGUCCACGAAGCGAUUGAGACUCACCUGCGGAAUGGAGCAGCCAAGUCCGUCUCGAUGAAGUGUGAGAAAUGCGACACAGUCACCAAGGAUUCCAAGCCCACUACCACGAAGCUCGGUCAUCUCCCAGAGGUCCUUUUCGUUCGAGCCCAGCAUAUAAAGACCAAGAAUGAUGGUAGUGGUAGUCAGAGGCUGAACGGUAAACUCGAAUUGAAAGAACACUUGACAAUUCCAGGUGGAAUGCAGUCCGACCCCAAGGCACAGGAUGUCAAGUAUGAGCUCUAUUCCAUCGUAUUCACUUACCGCAAGGCCAUUCCUGUUGCUCCCAAAGAUGAACGCAACGUGUGUGUGAUCAAGCAGCCUACAGGCACAUGGGCUCGCGUCAGCGGGGGUCAGGUGUCACCGGAUCUUACACUAGCCCAGGUGAUGAGCACGUUCACAAACACAAUUCAACUACCUGUGUUGCUUGCUUAUCGGCGACUUCCGCUCAAUGGAGACCCUCCAAAGAACUCCAAGAUGGGUGUUUACUUGGACCAAGAGAUCAUCAUCAACUCAGACUCAGGCCUAGUUCAAUACAACUUUGGUAGGCAUCUAGAGACUCCCAGGGACAAGAAGCUUAUCAAAUUGGGUCGCGGCAAGAAAGUUCAGCCCGCCACAUUUGCUGUGACGAUUACCUCAGAAGAAACUGGAGAGACUUGGGAAGGCACGGGGAUCAUUAAGCUCAAAAAACGAAAGCGUGAUGAUGGAGGCGCCGGGAAUGGGGAUGAGGAUGGAGGGGAUGGGGAUGGGGAUGGUGGUGAUGGAGGUGGAGGCGGGAAAAAGAAAGCACAACCAGGUAAAGGAGCUGGCCCUGGCAAAGGAGCUGGCCCUGGCAAAGCUGAUGGUGUUGGCAUAGCUGAUGGUGUUGGCAUAGCUGAUGAUGGUGCUGGAAGUGCUGCCGUGGCAGCUCCAAAGCCGGGAAAGGCACCAUCGGCAUCAGGUGGUGGUAAAUCUACCUAA